AGAUGGAGUUUAAUCCGGAAAAAUGUGAGGUAAUGCAUUUCGGAAGGUCUAAUCCAGAUGGAAAAUAUACAGUAAGUGGCAGAACCCGUAAAAGUACUGAUAGGCAGAGGGCUCUGGGUGUACAGGUAUACAGGUCACUGAAAGUGGCAAUGCAGGCGGAGAAGGUAGUCAACAAGGCAUACGUUAUGCUUUGCCUUUAUCGGCCGGGGCAUUAAGUUUAAAAGUUGGCAAGUAAUGUUGUAGCUUUGUAGAACCUUAGUUAGGCAGUAUUUGGAAUAUUGUGUUCAAUUCUGGUCGCCACACUACCAGAAGGAUGUGAUGGCUUUGGAGAGGCUACGGAAAAGAUUUACCAGGGUGGUAUGGAAGGCAUUAGUUAUGAUGAGAGGUUGGAGAAACUUGCGUUGUUCUCAUUGGAAUGAUGGAGGUUGAGGUGCGACCUGAUAGAGAUCCACAAGAUUAUGAAGGGCAUGGACAGAGUGGACAGUCAGAAGCUUUCUCCCAGGAUGAAGAGUCAGUUAUUAGGUAGCAUAGGUUUAAGGUGCGAGGGGCAAAGUUUAAAGGUGAUGUGUGAGGCAAGUUUUUUUACACAAAGAUUGGUGGGUGCCUGGAACUCGCUGCCGGGGGAGGUAGUGGAAGCAAAUAGGAUAGUGACUUUUAAAGGGCGUAUCAUAUUGACAAAUCAUAUAUUGACAAAUAUAUGAAUAGGAUGGGAAUAGAGGGAUAUGGUCCCCGGAAGGGUAGGAGAUUUUAGUUGUGACGGGCAGCAUGUCGGAGCAGGCUUGGUGGACUGAAGGGCCUGUUCCUAUGCUGUAAUUUUUCUUUGUUCUUUUGUUCUUGUUCUUCUCUUUCCCCAGAGGAAGUACCAUUUCACUUUUCAUCCUACAUUGGGCUUAGCAGUUGGGGAUGACUCCUCUAGUUUAAAUGGCUGGACUUUUCCAUUUCCUGGAGUAUUUUUAUUAGAUGAAUUUGUGAAUGAAGAGGAGGAAACUAAGCUGGUGAACCUGAUGGAUAGUGAUGAAUGGAAGCCAUCACAAUCUGGACGCAAGAAACAGGAUUAUGGUCCAAAGGUGAAUUUUAAAAAGCACAAGUUGAAAGUAGGAAGCUUCAGUGGCCUACCAAGCUUCAGCCGUCUCCUCCUAAAUCGAAUGAUGCGGUAUCCUCUGCUGAAAAGCUUUCUUCCUGUGGAGCAAUGUAACCUGGAUUAUAGACCAGAACGUGGCUCUGCCAUUGACUCACACUUUGAUGACUGGUGGUUGUGGGGUGAACGUUUGGUCAGCCUGAAUCUACUGUCUGAAACUAUAUUAUCGAUGUCUUGUGACUCAGACGAUCUCAUCCAGCUCCAUCAUCAGUCCUGUGAUCCAGUAACUGAUAAUUCAGACAGCCUUUGUAAUUUCCAUGCAGAUGAUACUCAAUUUCUGUGCACUGAUAACUGUAGUGUGAAAAGCACCAGUGACAACUGUCAAAGGCAUGUCCCUUACAAAGACAUAGAGGUAGCCAUUCAUUUGCCAAGGAGAUCUUUAAUUGCUUUAUAUGGUGAUGCACGAUAUAAAUGGAAACAUGGCAUAAACAGGGAAGAUAUUAAAUCAAGGCGGAUCUGCAGUACCUUUAGAGAGCUAUCAGAAGAAUUCAGCCAUGGAGGGAAUCAAGAGGCAUUGGGAACAGAGCUCUUGGAUCUUGCAUUGAGCUUUCAAGGUGUUCCUGUAUGAAAUUACUGUUAUAAAAUGUCAAGUACAAGUAAUCUUCAUUACAAAUUCAGCUUUGGGAUAUCUAUAAAAAAAAAUAGUUGUUAUUUAACCCUUCUUCUUAUGCUGUGGUCUGGAUCAUAUAGGAUGUAAUGGAUGUUCCAGUACUGUCCAAACCUUUGCAGCAUUAUAAAUGUUUCAUUAGAGUUGUAAAAGAGCAGUGAGAUUCUGAACUGAUCUUUUUUUUUAUCUCUGCUGCCCCAUUGAAAAACAUCUGUCCACUCCUAAUCUUGCCCCUUUUAAGCAAACAGUUGUCUUUAGGCAGAAAUUAUGGAAUCAGAAUCAUGCUUUAGCACAGUUAUCCACUAAUGUACUGUGCACACGAGCCAAAACGAGGCUUUAUUGAUGAGGGAGAUGAUACAUGAUACAUGAGGCAUGUGUAGGGAAUCUAUAAUCUAUUCAAUGCACAUUUAGUGAAAAUACAUGUUGGUUUGAGGGUUGACCAGUUGAGAAGAUGAUGUCUAUUUUUAAUUAAUGAACUUAUUUUAAAUUAAUUAAUGAAUACACAGUUCAAAUUAUGUCAACCUGUCAAGUUUUUUUCCUCAGAAACCAAUGAUUGGGGUUUUCUCAAAGCAAGGAGGUAGUGAUCUAUUUUACUUUCAAAUAUUCAGAUUUUAAUUUGAAUAAAUGCUAAUAUUUUUAAACAAUUUUAUGCUCUAAUCUAACUUCGAAUGCCAUGUUUGAGUAAUUAAAGUUAAUAUUUUGGAAUUCUGUUGCCCAAUGAGCUUAACCUUUUAAGUAAUUUUGAACAGAGAACUAGGUUGUUGCAUAUCGAAUUACCGUUUCUAAAAUAUCAGUUAUUUUGGAAUGGGACAGUCCUUUCUCAACAAUUUACAUUUCUUGGAUUAGCACCCUACCUAGCAUUUAACAUUCUCUCUUGGCUUAGAUCAGCAACUGCUUUGGCUGUCUAUUCCUUCCUUUUCUUGCUCUCCCUCCCUCUCCAUCCCUCUCCCUGUCCUCCUACUCUGCCAUCAGCACAAAUACCACCCUUUCCCAGUUAUAUUCAAUUCUGACAAAGGGUCACUGGGCUCAAAACGUUAACUCUGUUUGUCUCCCUACAGAUGCUUCCCGACCUCUGCUGAGUUUCUCCAGCACUGUUUUUGUUUAAGCUUCACCUGCCUUCCUGAUGUCCAACCUUCCAAAUAUACAUUUUCAAUAUUGAUUCAGCUCUUUCCACUGAAAUACACUUGCAUAAAUGAAGCAAGAUACAUCUUACUUAUGGGAGUAUGUGACACUCCAUGUAACUAUCACUCUGCUGGAUGGGUGUCCCAUGGGAGCCUUGCCUGGCUGAUUACCUCUGUGGUAGUUUUGACGUGAUUUUGUCUACUACAGCAACAGUCAUGCCUCCCCACAGGCCUCACCAGAAACAGCAGUACCAUCUGAAACUGGCCGGCCAAAAGACCUAGAAAAAUUUAUGAGACAGUUGUGUGGUGCACAUGGAUCAGGAUGCCAAGCAGUGUGAGGUAUCACUCUCAGAAGGCACAGCAUACGGAGGGUUUGAAUAACCUAUAGAUCCAGAUGGGAUGCAUCCCAGAUAAAAAAUCUCCCACGGGUGCUUAUUUGGUAGUGCUCUGUGAAAAAUGCUGAAACCACACAAGCUCCAACAAGACUCCAUGCUGGCAAGAAGUCCGUCUCUACACCGACAGAAGAAAUGGGAGUGAGACCCACAAGACUGUGGUGCAUUUCUUAUGCAGGCCUGGAUCCAGGAGUCAGGCCAGGAGGAUUAGGAGUUCCAAUCAAUGCAGACAAAGACAUGAAAGAAGAAAAUGUUUAGGCAGCCCACAACAGUUUCUUCAAGGAUUUGGGAAGGGUCAACAAUAUUCUCAGCAAUGAAACAUUGGUUCCAUAUAGGCUGUCAUAUCCAGUCAUCAUUGAACUGACGUAUGAAAGAAGUGCCAUUAAUAAACUUGUGAUACAUGACAUCACUGACAGAUUA